UACAUUUCUUUAUUGUCCCUUCACUUGACCAGCUAUGCAGACCCUCAGCAUUGUGUUGACCUGCCUCAUCUACCUGCCAGUUGGCCGUGUCUGUCAAGGUUUCAAUGUCUCUCAGCCUCAGGGUCGAGUGGAGGCUCUGGAGAGAAGCAACGUCACUUUAGUGUGCGUCACGUCCAGUGAGACUCCACCGGGACCAACAAGAUGGUACAAAGGUGCUGGCAGUGAGCGCACACACUUCUACUCAGGAGCCCCCAAAGGAGGAGAUAAGAGUGACCCUCGAGUGACCUGGACAAUGGAGAACAUAACAGUCAACUACAGCAUCACAAUAAGAGACCUCAGAGUCAGCGACACAGGAGAGUAUUACUGUGAGAAAUACACAAAGGCAGAUGAGAACAAACCGUACGCCUCAGGACCGGGGGUCACCCUGACUGUGAGAGGAGUGCCCAUCAUCACCGGCCCAGCCAGCAGGGUCAAGGUGGGAAACGAUCUCGAAUUAACAUGUGAGGUCAACGGGGCCAGCGACAUCACAGUCAAGUGGUUCAAAGAUGAGCAGGAAGUGACCCCUGAGCUCAGAGAUAAAUCAGGGGGCAGAAAAUCAAGCAGAAGUGUCAUCAGACUGACUCCAAAGACACAGGACAUCAAGUCCGUCGUCAGGUGUCAGGAGUCGGGACUCUCCGCUCAGAACCCUCUGGAGGACAAAUUUCACUUGAAGGACACCAUUGCAGUUUUACCUGGAGUGCCAGUCAUUGAAAACCCAAAGCUGGUGCUGGACGACUCAGUAAACAUGAUGUGCAAACUCAGCGGCAUCUACCCCAAAGAUAUAAAGGUGACCUGGACCUGGGGCAAGAUGUUUGAAAGCUCCCAUUCUCAGCAUGCAGAAGAACACGAGGACGGCACCUUCACUGUCACCUCUGUGCUUUCAUUCACCGUCAAGGAGGAUAUGAGGGGCAUCCGGCUGACAUGCCAAGCGGGAUAUGAAGGGUUAACACCUGUGAGUGGCACAGUGACACUGGUAGUCAGAGCACCACCUUCCAUAAAGGGGCCGCAGAAGAGAGUUGAGACUGGACAGACUGUCAGCUUCACUUGUGAGUCACUUGGUGACCAGGACACCAGCAUCACAUGGCUGAAAGGUGAGACGACUGUGUCUGGAGGGCAAAAGAUGAGCUGGAGUGAUGGGACCAGAAGUGAACUCAAAGUGACUCUUAAUAAGAAUGAUGUGAAAUCCAGAAUCUACUGCCAGAUCCCGGGAUACAGAGGAGGUUCUGUCCCAUCAGACGCUCUCAACUUCAGCACCUUCAUCUUGGCGAUACCCGAAGUGACAAUUCAGAAGACGAGCGCGGAGGACUCACACAGCAUUUCCAGUUUCCACUGUGCAAUCAGUGGGUUUUACCCUGAUGACAUUGAGGUGAUGUGGCUCCUAGAGGGACAGCCGCUGAACUCCAUCCUGUUCAAGAGUAUCAAAACUCCGGAUGGGACAUUUACAGCCUUCAGCUUAGUACAUGUCAUCGUCACAAAUGAAGUAAAGCAGCUCACCUGUGUCGUGACACACAUGGGAAACCGCAAUGUGGCAGACAGCGUCGAGGUGUCUAAGAGGAGUUCAAGUGAUGUGAGCGAUGGCGGCUCUGCAUCAGUUGCCGUUUUGUGGACUCUGAAGGUCUUCCAGAUUUGCCUCUUCAUCCUGAUUACAGGUUUGCUCUUCAGCAUCUGGAAGAAAACAGAAUGAGACGUAGUUAGAGUUACUGACAGCAAAAUCUUUCAAAUCUGUAAAGUAACCAAGUUCAUAAUUUAAAAGAAAUCAUGCAGCCUACGUUGUUAUAUAUUAUUUUAAAGUUGUUUAAAGAUUUUCGUAGCUGGGCAGGUGUGAAAUGAAAAGGCUUGGAGAUUCAAUUUUGUUUUCAGGUAGAUGUCGACUUGUGCAGAAGAAAUCAUGAUAAAGUGUCACAAUUUAUGUCGUAUUACUGUGAUGGUCUUGGUUGGCUCCACGGUCCCUGGCGACUUCAACUCGGAACUGUUAAGAAUGACACUGAGGAUGAGCUGAGCAAAUGAAGACCCACACAGUCAGCUAAUGGGGGUGUAAAGAGCUUCAAUGCUUUGAUUAAAACAAUCAAAAACAAUAAAGUGUCCACAGAGCGGUGCUCC